GCAUCCAAUAGCAGCAGUUGGUGUUCUCAGCAGUGGGAAGGGCAGAUUGUUGCAGCUGAGUUGAUUUCCCUGAGAUCCACGUUGUGGAUUCAAUAUCUUCAGUAAACACACAGUUCUGAUAGUGUGUGUAGCUGCGGCUGCUGCAGGUGUGUGUGGAUGGGGGGAAACAGCCCGAGUCACCUCUCUCAUGAGGAUGGGGCAGGCGGAGGAAUUACUUUUGUGAAGGGCAUUCGGCUGUCGGAUAAAGUGAUCCAUCGGAUGAAACAGUCUUCAAAGGCCCUCGUUCCUCAGCUCUCUCAGAAUGGACGUUCCCCUCCACAAACAUCUGAAACCCCAACAGCCACUCCAGUCCCCCCCCCGUCUGUCCCACACUUGAUACCUCUUCUGGCACCCCCGCCAUCUCCUCUGUUCAUUCCACCUCCAUUAGUGGAACCUGUUCCUCCUGUAAAACUCGUCCCUCCUCCUCCUGUAAAGUUUCACUCCCUACCUCCACCUGUAGAGGCCAGAUCUCCACCUCUAACAACCCCUGUAGUCUCAGACCCCGCUCCACCACCUCCUCCUCUCCAAGAAGCCCCAUCCACACCUCCGUCAGUGGAAUCUCCUCCUGCUGCAAAGGUUCAUUCCCUGCCUCCUACCUCUGUUGAUCCUAUGGCCCCGCCAAAAACUCCACUUCUAACCGACACGGUUGUCUCGGCCCCUACACCUCCUUCUCCACCUCCCCCACAAGUACCUGUGGAGCUUGAAUCUCCUCCACCUCCUGCUGAAUCCUUUAUCCCACCUCAUAUAGAAACAGAAAUCCUGUCAGAACACAGCUUCAAACCUGUGAUCCGAGCUCCACCUGUAGAAUCAGCUGUAGCUCCACCUGAACCUUUAGCUUCACCUCUGCCUUCUGAAACAUCUCCAACAACUAUUGAGCAUGCUGCUGUAGCUCCCUCUGUUGAAGCUCUUGAAGUGGUCGUCUUGUCUGUGCCACCAGUGGAAACCGUUCAACCUCCGCCCGCUGUUGAUUUUACACCAGUUGAAGCUGUAGUUUUACCUCCCCAAGUGGAGACGACUCUUGUUGAGCCUGCAGUCCCACCCACUGCAAUUGAAAAGGAAGUGCUUCCAGUCGCGGCUUCAACUGUCGAUCCACCACCUCCAUGUGAACUGCUCCCACCUCCCCCUUCUCCAGAGCCGGUGGCGGCACCGUCUCACCCUCCAGAGCUCACUUGUAAAGAGCCCUCGCCACCCUCUCACUGUGUGAAGCUGGCCAUCAUGCCCACUGAUGCACCUGUGUGUGAACCCUUCGUAGAGCCUCCCACACCACCUCUACCUGCUCCACCUCCCCCUGCUGAGGAGCCCCCCAUAAUCCUGUCUCUGUGCCCUGUUGUUGAGGAAGAAAUGCCUGCUGUCGCUUCAGCACCACCACUUGCAGCAGCCCCGCCUGUUCCUCCUGAAGUGAUGGAGGAAGAGUUGAGGCAGAAGAUCAAAGAAGAGAUGCAGAGGAGUCUGGAAGAGGAGAUCAACCAGAAAAGGCAGGCGCUGCAGCAACAGCUGGAGGAGAUGAGGGCUCAGGCUCAAGCAGAGGCCCAAGCAGCCGCUCAGGCUCAGGUGGAGGAGCAGGUGAAAAAGACGCUGGAGGGGGAGAAGGCGGCGUACGUGGACAACCUGACCGACUCCAUCAUGAAGGAGCGAAUGAAGACUGGUGACGAAAGGCUCAUGGUGCAGCUUUAUCGGAUGGAGCUGAAGGCCCAUCAGCUGGAGGAGAGGGAGAAAGAGUUGAUGAAACGAGACACUCUCUACAAGGAACAUAUCACAAAACUUGAAGCAAAGUGCACUGAGUUUUACAAAGUGACUGCUGAGAGCUUCCAGAAGGGCAAGGAAGAGACUCACAACCGCUUUGCGCGUUUCCAUAUCCAGCCGGUGUGUGGUGACUUGCAGAGUCAGAUUUUAAAAUGCUACAAGGAGAACACAGGAAAGACUCUGUCCUGCUCGAAUAUCGCCUCGGCCUACAUGCAGUGUGUGGACAAUGCCAAGAAGAAUAAAUUGAGCACGGGAGGUUAAUAUGGACCACUUGAUGAGGAUGACAACAUCUUAAAGCUUUACUGCUGCAGGGAAGAUAAGUUGAUGGACAGAAUUCAACAAAGAGACAAGUUACAGGAACCGGAGUCACAUGAGAAUCAACUCCAGCCUUUACAUGUAUCAGGAAGAAGUAGCAUACACUGUACCCCGGCCAACAGUCUAGUCUCGUACUGUUGAUGUCAAAUUUGCAACUUCUCUGGUUCUUGAAAUCAUUUUGAAACCAAAGUGCCACAAUAACUGAUGGAAAAAAAUCCUUUUUAGUUAUUGUCUUUGUAAAUGAAGUGAAAUGAAACACAACAAAGGAGCAGAAAGGUUAAACUUCUGACACCAAGUAAGGUAUUUGAAUGAGAUCUAUAUGGUGAAGGAGAUCCUGGUAAAUCAUUAUGUAUGUGUGAUUUGAAGUUAUGAAAGUCAAAUAUAGGUUUGCUGAUUCAUGAAAGAACUGUUUAACACAGUGUGACGUAACAAAGAUCUGUGCAAGGUUAUUGUACUGUAUAUACAUUAUUUCAGGGGUUGUUUCUGGUGCAUGCAAAAGCAUUUAAUUAAACCUCAAUAAAUUUGUUGUGAAAUAACA